AUGACGCCAACGUCAGCACCUGUGCCGACCCCGACCUCGGCCUCGGGUCCUAACAAUCCUGUUGCCAUGAGUCAACUCGGGACUGUCUAUGCUACUAAAAGAAGACGAAGAAACGGCAAAAGUUUAAAACCACCUCAAAAGGAUGGCGUGACGAAGUCUAAUCCGAGUAAACGACACAGAGAACGUUUGAACGCCGAACUGGAUACAUUGGCAUCUUUACUUCCGUUCGAACAAAAUAUUCUAAGCAAACUCGAUCGUCUCAGUAUCCUCAGGCUCAGCGUCAGUUAUCUUCGCACCAAAAGUUACUUCCAAGUGGUGAUGCACAAGGAUAAAGAAGAAAAUUCGCAUCAUGAUUCGCAUUACCGUGCACGUGAAUUGGCUGCCCUAGCUGCGUACGAUCAUCAUCACCUUGACGGUGAAAUGUUCCUACAGGCACUGAACGGUUUUCUGCUGAUAUUAACCUGCGACGGGGAGGUUUUCUUCGCUACCCACAGCAUAGAAAGUUACCUUGGCUUUCAUCAGUCGGACAUCGUUCAUCAGAGCGUUUACGAGUUGGUACAUAGCGAAGAUAGAGAAGAAUUACAAAGACAAUUAAUGUGGAAUUCAUUUUUACCUGCUGAAAAUGCAAGCCUCCCUCUUCACGAUGCACUAUCACCUCAACAUAGUCAUCUUCUCGAACGCAGUUUUACCGUCCGCUUCCGUUGCCUUUUGGACAAUACGUCGGGAUUUUUGCGCUUGGAUAUCAGGGGACGAGUUAAGGUACUCCAUGGACAAAAUAAAAAAACCGAACAACCGCCAUUGGCUUUGUUUGCCUUGUGUAUACCAUUCGGGCCGCCCUCGCUUUUGGAAGUACCACAGAAGGAAGUCAUGUUUAAGAGCAAACACAAAUUAGACCUCGGCUUGGUAUCGAUGGAUCAACGAGGAAAAAUGCUUUUAGGAUAUACGGACGUUGAACUUGCCAAUCUGGGUGGUUACGAUCUCGUUCAUUACGAUGAUUUGGCCUACGUAGCUAGUGCGCACCAAGAAUUAUUAAAAACGGGAGCAUCCGGUAUGAUAGCAUACAGAUUCCAAACGAAAGACGGUGGAUGGCAAUGGUUGCAGACGAGUUCCAGGCUGGUAUAUAAAAAUUCCAAGCCGGAUUUUAUAAUAAGUACUCAUCGUCCGUUGAUGGAAGAGGAAGGUAGAGAUCUGUUGGGAAAACGAACCAUGGACUUCAAAGUGAGCUACUUGGACGCCGGUUUAACCAACAGUUACUUUUCCGACAGUGAUAGUUUGACGGGUUCCGUGAUGACACCUACGCUUCCAACCCAAUCAACGCCGCAAAGGGUGAACAGAAGAUACAAAACUCAAUUGCGCGACUUUUUAUCGACGUGUCGGAGUAAAAGGACCAAACUCUCCACGCAAUCCUCAGUAUCACCCCCAGCUACUCCCACGAUGGCAUCGGUGGAUUAUCUCACGGCCGAUAGUAGUGCCGCUGCCGCAGUGGCUGCAGCUUACAGCAACCUGAACACGAUGUAUCCUACACCUUACGCCCCCACUGCCGUAGCUGCGAGCGCCGAUCCAUCCUUGACUACUUACAUCGGUCAUACGAGUAAUUACCAUCAAACGCUCUACCCAGCCACUGCGUUGGAUAACAGGUACCUUACAGCGGCUACGGAGAAUCUCUUUCAAUACAGGCCACUAGGAUCGUACUACCCAGAAUAUCACACGAGUACGCCGUACAAUGGGUUCAUCGACGUAUCCCUACCAACUUACGAGACUCAUCAAUUAACCAGCAAAACGGAGGAGAAACUGUAUUGUCAGCAACUCGGUACCGCCGAGUCACCGAAAUACAACUACGUCGAAGCAAGCAGACAUCCGAGUAGCGUGAGUGGUUCCCCUUACGCGGCCAGCCCAGUCGCCAGUGCGUCGACGAUGCACGUUACGACCGCAGACAUCAACGUCGCUCGCGCCGGUAGUAGGCACUCGCUCGAAGGCGGUGCCUCUUCGAGUAACUCGGCCGGAAGUUCACCGGUUACCGGAACGACCAACGGAGUCCUUACUCCCAAAAUGGAAGACGUUAAGCCGGAAGUCUACGGAAACGAGGCGCCACGGCAAACGGUUCUCAUGUGGGGAGCUCCACCUUCUCGUACGCCACCGAGGAACAAUGGUAGCUACAGCCCUCCGACUCCUCAUUCGACGCAUUCUUCUACACACUCGACAAACGUUCCGGUCACCAAUGCCGGUGAUCCUUUGAAGUCUCUCGCGGAAAUGAAUUCUAUGAACGGUGAUUGCAAGUGGCGACAAACGUCUCCGAGUGAUCAGCAUCAAGCGGUCACGGCUUCUAGUCCUCCGAGAAACAAACAGCAUCACCCUCAACAACAGCAGCAGCAGCAGCAACAACAACAACAGCAGCAGCAGCAGCAACAACAACAACAACAAUAUCCUGUUGCCACGACCCAAUAUCAAGCAGCUGCCGCAGCAGCAGCAGCGGCGGCGGCGGCUACAGCGAGCAGCAUAGGAUACGCGCACUCUCAUCCAGGCCAUGGCCACGGGGAAGCGGGCUCCGAGCACACCGCCGUCAGGUGCGGGAGCGGGGAGUGCGGUGGGAAUAGGCAUGGGCAUGGGCAUGGGCAUGGGCAUGGGCAUGGGCAUGGGCAUGGGCAUGUCCCUAGGCUCGGACAGCACCACCAACAACAGCAACGUAUUAUAUCAUCCUCCGCACCACCACCACCAUCACGUAGUGGGCUCAUCGACGGGGGCAACGGUGGCAUCAACUGUACCACAGAUUCCAAACCGGACGCCGGGAGUCCUUUGUUGUCCAUCUCUGAGGUGACCAACACCCUGCUCAACCAAUAG